AUGCUGACUGAGCUGAAUUUGGGAAAUAAUACCUUUAAAGAGAUCCCUGCUGUCGUGGGCCAUCUGGAGCUACUGAAGAAGCUCUAUCUGUACAGCAACCACAUCAGCACCGUGUCAUCUGAGGUGAUCGGCUCAUUGAAAAACCUCUGCGUGCUCAAUUUAAAUCACAACCAAAUUCAAAGGCUUCCCUCAGAAAUCAAAAGUUUAACAAAGCUGCAGUGCCUGAGUGUGGCUCACAACAGACUGGAGGACAUCCCUGCAGAGCUGGGUCAUCUCAUUGAACUCACUGAGGUCAACUUCACACACAACUGCUUGUCUGCCCUACCACAGGAGAUGUACCACUGUAAACUACUUUCCAAGAUAUAUUUAGCCAGGAAUCAGCUCGACACUCUCCCGGAGGGGAUUCAGGCUCUGACCAAACUGCAGGUCUUGGAUGUGGCUGGAAAUAAGUUGUCCAUGUUCCCUGCAGAGUUCCACCAGCUGCGCCUGAAGGAGCUCUACUGUGAAGGAAACAAGUUUGUUCAGUGCGACCCAAAGCCUUCAGUGCUGGGACAAGAGGUUGUGUCCUUAAAGGAGUUGGUUGCCAGGUUUGUUCUACAUGAGGACAGAAAUAAGUCUUCUCUGAUCCAUAAGACACUUCCCAACUACCCAAACUGUGUCACCCUACUGGCCAAAAGCUGUUACUGUACGUCAUGUCUCAGACCCAUCCUCACCACGUGGUUGGAGUGUGUGCUUUUUAUCAACCUGAAGGUGAAGAACAAGAAGAAGUCACUGACUGUUCCAGUGCGCGCUCUUCUCUGCUCCUCCAAAUGCUUUAACUCUGGAGAUAAAGUUUACUAUAGUGUGGUCAGCCAGAAACCACACCAUACUCUGUUCACUGUGGAGAAAUGCUAA